AGAGCGGACGAUCACUACUAUCACAGUUGGAGCAGAUUCCGUGUGUCAGUCGUGUCUCUCAUUACUGGCUAUAAAAUAACUCAUUCUGGACUUUUUGGACGAUUUGUGACGAGAAGUACUACAAGUGAAAUCACUCGAGCAAGUAAAGAGGGACAUCUGUUUUACUUUUAAGUGAAGAAGAGUACAGCAGCGGCAUUCCUGCAUUUGUAUGUUCCAGAGAAAAGGGUCACAAGGGAGACAGUGUGAGUGACCUUCUCCUUUGAGAGGGGGGGUGGGCAGUGAACUUGUGGUACUCACCCCUCCUGAUCGCACUGCUGAUGUUGAAGAUGAUGACCCACAGCGCAUGGCUGCUCUUCCAGCUAUUGCUGUGCAUUCUGUCUACUUUGUGGGGUUACCCCUUUAGACCCCCACUAGACCUGGAUGUGACCCCCAGAACUACAGUCCUCUCCAAUGGGCUGUUGAACUGCAGGCGCUUCAGAGGCUCGACUUUCAACUACAGUUUAUUGCUGCUGGAGGAGGAGACAGGCAUACUGUAUGUAGGAGCGAGAGGGUCUUUAUUUGCCCUGCAGGCUAGUGACAUCUCCAGCAGCUCACUGCAGAACAUUGACUGGGAGGCAUCAAACGAACAGAAGCAACACUGCUUGAACAAAGGGAAAGAUAACCAGACGGAGUGCUACAACCACAUUCGAUUCCUCCAGAGGCUCAACAGCACACAUUUGUACACUUGUGGCACACAUGCUUUCAGCCCUAUGUGUGCAUAUAUUGAUGGGAGGGAGUUUAAGAUCUCAGCCUUUGAGGAGGGUCAAAAGAAAUGUCCGUAUGACCCCAACAAAGGAUACACUGGUCUGCUGAUUGAUCAAGAGAUGUACACAGCAUCUCAGUAUGAGUUUCGGAGCUUUCCAGAUAUCCGCCGCAACACUCCGAAUCCAACAUUGAAAACAGAAGAGGCUCCCACUCAGUGGCUGAAGGAGGCUGAUUUUGUGGGCUCAGCAUUGGUGAGAGAGAGUCUGAGCAGCUCAGUUGGAGAUGACGAUAAGAUUUACUUCUUUUUCACGGAAAAGAGCCAGGAGCUCAGUCCAUACUUCAGUCACAGCAGAGUAGCACGGGUCGCACGUGUGUGCAAGAGUGACAGAGGAGGUCUCCUCACCCUACAGAAGAGGUGGACCUCAUUUCUGAAGGCACGGCUGGUGUGUUCUUUACCUGACUAUGAAUUUCACUUCAAUGUGUUGAGGAGUGUGUUUUUCCUGGAGGGCGCCAACUCUGAGGACUCUGUAGUCUACGGCAUCUUUGGAUUGGAAUGGAAAAAGGUAAAAGUUUCUGCUAUCUGCCAGUACUCCAUUUCGGAUAUCCAGUGGGCCUUUGAGGGACCUUACAUGGAGAGCACAGAGGACACCAGCUCUAAAUGGACCCAGUACACAGGGAAGGUUCCGGAACCGCGACCUGGCUCGUGCAUCACAGAUCAACUUAGAGCAAAAGGCAUCAACUCAUCCACCAACCUGCCAGAUGAUGUACUUCACUUUGUCCGUCGCCAUCCACUCAUGUACAGGCAGAUCCUUCCGCAAGGACAACGCCCCCUGCUGUUUAGGAGGAAUGUGGACUACACUAAAAUUGCAGUACACAGAGUGACUGGUUUAGAUGGUCAGAUAUACCACAUGCUCUUCAUUGGGACAGAUGAAGGUUGGCUCCAACGGGCUGUGAUGGUCAAUGGUAAACUUCACAUCAUUGAGGAACUGCAGUUGUUUGAGGAGCCCCAGCCAGUGGACAGUAUAGUCAUCUCUGAGAAACAAAUGAGUGUGUAUGUGGGUUCGCCCACCUCAGUGGUGCAGCUGCCCUUGUCCACAUGCAACAGAUAUUCCUCCUGCUUCGACUGUGUGAUAGCGCGUGAUCCCUUCUGUGCCUGGGAUGGACUAGAGUGCGUGGAGAUUACAUCACACAACAGCAGAGCGAAUCUGACACAGGAUAUUUUGAAUGGAAACAAGGGCUGUGAUGAAUCUACAGCAGAUGACCUAAUGUUACACCGUUCUCGCUCUGUGAUGGCGGGCGAUGAUGUGCUGCUUCAGUGUGAGCUCAGCUCCAAUCUGGCCUCCCCUGAGUGGACCCUGGAAGGCAAGAAACUGCAGGGUUAUGGGUUGGACUCCGGCUACCGCAUUGGCACUGACGGUCUUCUGGUCAUUGAGGCACGGCCCUUCCAGAGUGGUGACUACUGCUGCUUUGCCGUAGAGAAUGGAGUCCAUGUUCCUGUGGUGAUCUACAGCUUGACUGUUCGCCAGGAUUUGCCUCCACUUCCUCCUGUAGAGCCAACCCAACUACUCAUGACCACAGGGACUUACUGGCAUGAUCAAACUUCUCAAAGUGACUCUCUAGAAGAGUUCGAUCCUACCCCUCUGUCUCCUCACUUUGAGUUCCUGUCCCUGAGGAACAUGGAGGCCAUGUAUCUAUCGCUAAUCACAAUCUUAGGAGCACUGUGUCUUGUUCUCACAGUCGUCCUACUUUAUGUUGGAUUCUGUUUGCAAGGGCAGAGAGGUAAGUACUCUUUGCGAUCGGCUGCUCGUGCUGAAAGGAAGAGAGGUGCCCACAUGGAGCUAAAUACCAUCUCCAGCCAAUGCAAUGGGAAACAUGAUGCUCAUGAUGGUCUACUGCAGAUCGUCCCUGGAGAAGCACCAACAUCACCCAAUAAAGAGCUUCCUCCUGCCCCACCUCUCCCACCCCCCCCUUCAGAAUCAGAGUAUGUAAAUGGACUCUCUGCCACUCUGCCCAGCGUUUUACGCAAGAUGAAUGGCAACAGUUAUGUGCUACUGAGACAGACUGAUGGUGACACCACGUCUCCUCUCUAUUACUCGUUCACAGAGGAGCUCAAUAGGAUCCUGGAGAAGAGGAAGCACACUCAGCUGUGUAAUAAACCUGAUGAGAGCUCAGUGUGAACUUUGGGGCACAAUACAAACAUCCUGUCUUGUGGAGAUAUGUGUCAAAGGACAGCUUUACUAUAUAUGAGCCCUGCGUCACCAAGAUUGACUUUAAUGGGAUGCUAAUAAUUGGCCAAAGGUCCUUUAUUUGGAAGAUAAACAAGCAUUGCUUCUUGGUUUAUAUGUCAAAUGUAGCUUUUGACUUUUAACAGACUGUGGAGUGCCCACUGGUUGCUAAAUGGCAAAGAAGGCAACACCUACAAUGGAAAUUCUACCUCAUCAGGAUAUCGCACAAGUCUCAGCUCAUUUCAAUAUACUUGCAUUAAAAUAUGGGUUAUAAUGAGGUGAAAUUCCAGGAACCUUAAAAGCAAACGAGUCUCAGUACUGGGUGAAUCAAGCUAAUGAUUCAAUAACAAACUCAUAAAAUUGGUUCAAAGAACUUUAAAAGACUUUUAUAUGGAUGCAAAAGGAUUGCAAAAGUGGCAACAUAAACUCUUCAUAUAUCCAGAUGUAAAAAUCAUACCUGGACAGAGCGAGCCACUGUAAAACUCUAGUGCUUGGGUGCACUGAAUGUCUUUGUUUUAAUAUUUUUUAUUUUUAUUUAUGCCAACACUGACCAUAUCAGUAACAGCUUGUAAUAAUAAUUAAAAUUAAAAUUAGCAGGGAUAACAGAAUUUAAAAAAUUAGAAAUGCACAUGAUGGUACUAAUAGAAUGAAUACGGCGUAUAUUAAUAGUUUUAUAGGGGUGAGAAACUUGGAAGAUGACAGUAUUAACCACUGAGAUGCACUUUAUGGACUGGUAGCAUUUGUUUCCGUGAGGUGCUGCUAAUUCUGACAUCUAGAGAGGACGAAAUGGAUUACAAUUACAGUCAUGUUUCCAAAGGAUGUGAAAGAGUAACAAUAUGAUAAAACUGUAUUGUAUUUUUAAUUAUAAAUGCUGCGAAGGGAAGACUAUGUGGACAUACAACAUACUUCUAUAACCCUUGGAAAUGGACCACUAAUUACGCUUAAGUCUGGAUUUGUCUGGUCCAGUGGUUCAAAUCAGUUGUAUUUCCCUUGCAGUAUGAUAAACAAGACAACGGUUACAGGAACUGACAUGAUUCUUUGUGGGACUUCAUCAAAAUUCCAGAGUCAUUGGCUGCCUGGUUUCCAUGGCAACCACAGAGACGAGGUAAAUCUGAUGCUGACCUUCUUAGAUAAUCCUUUUGACAUGACCAAUUAUUACACCACCUUUUACAGUCAGGUGUUAUAUUCUUAAUAGGGAUUAGUGAAUUUGUGCAAAACGGUGAAAAAUUGGGCUUCUAGUGCAAGUAAAUAAAUUCAGAACAAUUCUAGUUGGGGCAUAAUGAAAACUAGGAAUUGUGAUAUUGUGGUUUAAUUAUCCUUUCACUUCCAGUAAAUCUUUUAAAUUGUAGCCUAAAUGUUUGUGCUGGAAAUGCUCCAGCUUUAGACUUCCCACACUUGCGUGCAAGAGCGUUUUGGCGUAUCUCCCACUACUUAAGGGGAGUAAAGCACCUGGUUCUGUCUGUUUAGAUCAGAAAAGGCAGAUUGCAUUGAAGCCGAGUGGAGAACAUUAAGGCCACAUGUUCAGAGAGGAACUAAGAUGAACACUGCUGAUAGUCUUUCUCUUUUCCCCUUACUUUUUGUGUUCAUAAUCAUUGUCUCUUUUCGCUUUCAAAAUGUGAAGGUGAAAGUGAAGAUUUAUGGUAAAAAAGAACUUAAAUAUUGAUCUGUUUAUCACCCACACCUAUCAUAUCGAUCCUAAAGAUAUAGAUUUAACCAUCUGGAUUACUUUUAUGAUGUCUUUAUGUUCUUUUUGGACCUUCAAAGAUCUUGUCACCAUUCACUUGCAUUGUAAGGACCUACAGAGCUGAAAUAUUCUUCUAAAUAUCUGUUUGUGUUCUGCUGAAGAAACAAAGUCAUACACAUUUGGGAUAGCAUGAGGGUGAGUAAAUGAUGAGAGAAUUUUUGGGGUGAACUAACUCUUUUUAAUGUGAAGCAUCCAAACGUGACAUCAUUUUUAAAUUCCCUGCUUUCAUUCACAAAUGUAAAGGUGCCCUCUUAAGAGCACAGAGAUUAAAGCGGAGGUGUCUGUACUAUAGCACAAGCCAUGCCCCCAACCCCACCCCCCUCCCCCCGCUAAAAUGUGUGCACGUCACUGAUCUGCAUACACAUCUUACCUCCACUCUCCUGCAGGUUCACAAGCUGUGAUUAGAUGCUUGUCAGUAUGUAACUCAUAUGUUCUGUGCCUGCAAUGUUUACAUCCCAUGAGUCUUAUAUAUAUUCCUGUGAGAGAGGCACUUGUGUAAAUUCUUCAACAUGCCAGUACAGGUUUGUGUAUGAGAUAUAGCUCAACUGUGGCCCUCAUUCAAAACCAUUUUGAAGUGCGCUAGAGAGAAAGAAAUUGACAGAGAAAGGGGGAAAUUAUCAAAAGAGAGCCUUGAGAAUGCAUGAGAAUAGUUUGGGAAAUGGUAAUUAAUCCUUUUCAGUCUCUUUUAGGGCACCUGCACAGAGCACUCAGCAAAUAAGAGUAAGGAUAAAUAAAUAGAUAAAUAGCUCUGACACACCAGAUUAUGCUCAUGUAGGCUUAUUUGUUAAAUUUUUCUAAAUCAUAAUGUGACAUUACAGUAUAUUCCCUCUUUAGAUAUUUUUAAGACUCCAUGAAAUCAACAUUAGCAUGGCUUCAGACCAUUUUUUUUUUUUUUUUUUUUUUUUUAGCUUUGAGACGUGCUAUUGUACUCCUAAAAGUUGACAAAAUUCACUUUUAGAAUUAAAAUGGACCAUAAAUCUUGAUGACUCACCUGGCACUACAUAGAUUUUUGUCCAAUCAAAUGAUUUCUAGAAUGGGAACGUCGCUCCACCUAAAAUCAGCUCCGAGCAACAAUUUUUUCAAAUAGCAAUCACGAUUCAUGGCUGUGGCUAACUAAAGCCUUCUGACUAUUUUUUUUUAAAUGUCCCUCCCAAACGUCCUGUUUUAAUAAGAAAUGUCACAGGAAAGAAUCAUAGUGACUAUUUGCACUAGGUGUAAAUAGCACCUGCAACACAGCUUGGCAAUGUGCACUCCAAUAUUCUGAGAAAGGUUUGAUCCAGGUAUAAUUAACCAUGGUUUUACUUUAGUAAUAUUAUAGUAACCAUGUUUAAAUGCAAUUAACCAUGGUAUUACUACAGUAUAUAUAAUUAGUAUAGUAAUCAUGUUUAAUUAUGUGGUUAUGAUUUUACUACAAAAUACCAUGGUGAUACUAUGGUUACAUGGAUCAUUUUUGUAAGUGGAUAGGUUUAGGGGUAGGGGUUGGUGUCUGUGAGAAUCUAAAUAAACACAUUAAACACACUGCAGUGAUGACACUAUACUGUAUGUAUUUAUUUAGGAGUGCAAAUAGCCUCUGGCAGAGAGAAAACUGCACUUGUUAAGUCAUUUCAUAGGGUCUUUAGAAAAACAAUCAUACAGCCUAUUUGGGUCUUAAACAUUUAGAAUUUCUUUUUUGGCAGAUGUCAAGAGAGCACGACCAGCUGCUGUUUGAUGAAUAGUGUAAAAAUAUGACAUGUUUAGCACACUUUAGUCCUUUGCUAUAGUCUCUAGAGCAUUGUGUAUAAAUGCUGCACCAGCAUUUAGUUUAGAAUUCACCACUGAGGUAUGUGGGAGAUUUGUUUUAGAUUGAUUGUGUUUUAUUGAUUUGUUGUUGUACUAUUACUUCAAGCCAUUUUCAAUUUGAGCUUCUUUAUGAAUAAUUAAAGAGGUUUGCGCCCUGUAUAGUUCACCAGAAAAUACAUUUGAUUGGCUGUGAUAUCAGUUUUAUCAGUAACUUGGUCCCUUCAGUCAUGCAUACCUUAUUCCAACAUGCAUGUGAAAAAGUGUCUGUGGAAAUAACAGUUUUAAAGCUUUGUAGAGUUUGUGUAUAAUUAUUUUAUGUUUCAAACUGGGAUUUCUUUCUUAUUUGUGGUUGGUUAAUGUUGCAUGGCUAUGCAUUUAUGCAAACAUGGCCUACACUUUGGGGGAAAAGUUUGUGUCAAUUUAUACAACAUUUUAAACUAUGUGAACCCUAUAGUUUGUGUACACUACUUCCUAUUUCCCUUCUAGUAUUCAGAAAAUAUGGUUAAAUCUCCUGCCAAGCAGACUAUGUCUCAGAGUCAUUUAAGUACACAGUUGUGUACCUCCUCAGUCGUGGGUAGGAUUGUGUGGGCUGCCUCUAAAACUGCAUUUAAUGAAGCUGGUUAGACUUCUGCCUAUCACCAUGGUGAACAAGGCGUAUUAUAAAUUCACUCUGUUUAAUUCUCUACUGCUCUCUCAAUGUGAAAAACAUUCUCUUGCUCUAUACGUGUUCAGACAGUCAAAGCCCAAGACAAACACUUAUAUCUUUGUUUAUUCAAGGAUAAGGUGUUAUGUUUUGUGUUUAAUUAACACAGUAAUACUACAGGGACAUGCUGGCAGGGGAGGAGGCUGAGAAGUGUGAAUCCAUUGCUUCCCAUUAUGUACAAUCCAGAACAUUUAAGUCUAACUUUUGAUUUGUUUACAUUUUACCCUGAAAAUGUUAAUAAACAGUGUUGAAGCUUCUGUUUGAGAUCCCUAUACUAAAUUAAAAAUAUUUACAUGUCUCCAUCAGUCUCCAUAUUUUACAAAUUAACAGUGAGUAGAACUGGUCAUAUCCAAUCAGAAUGUGUCUUAAAUUUGGACAAGUUCAGCAAAUUAGCCAAUAAGAAGCAUGGUAAAUGGGACUCCUUGUUGAGUUUACUUGACUCACAAAAAUAAAUACACUGUAUUUGUAUUUCCAAACUUAUCUUCAAUAAGUAGUGAGAACUUAUCAGGUAGGGGUGUACAGUGAAGCCAUUGUCGUAAUUGUAUCUGUAUCUGUUCAUAUGGCAAAAUUAUCUGUCUCUGUAUUUUGAUAGAACCAGGUGUCGCGUGGCUUAACCCGGAAGUGUUUAAGUUUUACUCUUACAUUUAUAGUUAAUAAUGAAUUCUGAAUUUCUGAAGCUGAAUUUUUAGGCUAUACAUUGACUGUGGAAUAUGCUGUGGUUUCUCCUGGUAUUUCAGAUAUUAAUAUCUGCAUGAAAUAGAAUUUUUAUUUUGUGUGUUCAUGUAUAACAACAUUAUUCUGGAGGCAGGAGGUGUCAAACAAAAUGUGAAAUGUCAAGCACACAUUUUGCAGUGAAUAAUAAAUACAAAUUCAAACAUUAAAAGAAAUUCAAAUAAAAUCAAUAUAGCCUACAAACAGUUGGAAGUCCCUUAAGUCUAUCUGGAAUUUUUACGAUAAGACACCAUUAUUUAGUUAAAUAAUAAUAAUAAUAAUAAUGUUCAAUUUAUAUUAUGCCUUACCAGAGCUCAAGAACACUUAACGUUUUCAAAUUUAGCUCAGUUUAAAGAAGAAGAAGAAGAAAAGUAUGUUUCAGUUUCUUCGUUUUACAUAUGGAGGAAUACUCCGAAUAGAUGAAUACUCUA